CCGGCAUUUUCCCCGUAACUAAAUAUUUUCCUCGGGACCUUGAAGUCGACUACGCGACGGCUACGUCACAUACUCCUGCAUUUUAUGUGGCAAAGAUUGACCGUCGAGCUAUAUGUUGGACAAUGGACAUGCAUAAUCACGCCAUUCAGUGUUCUCAUAAAUAAUCAUGACUCAUGGCGCACCGGCGGUGAUCGCUGUUCUCCUCAUCCAUCUGAAAAUUGAGCGUCGAACAUGCCCAGCUCAUCUAUGCCUUCCCCAUGGAUCUCGGUCAUGUCUCUGACACGCUUUUAGUGCCGGAAAUUUUUCGGAAAGUCGGUCGGGCUAACGAAGCAGCCGCGAGGUCGCGAGAAGAGCGCGGUAUAAAAUGACCAUUCACACCCAAGCUUUUUCUCCAAAAUGUUUCCCAUUUACACGCUGUGGUUGCUACUAACCUUGGGCGGUGCGUUUUGUCAAGAAAGGCCCACCACUUUCACGGUGCCCAUUAGCAGAACUGAGCAAGGCUAUCGAACAAUACCCAUAUCGCUGGGUACACCUCCACGAGAGUUCAAUCUCUGGCUUGACACAGGCUCAGACCCUACAUGGGUCCUGAGCCAGUCAUGUAUAGACUCGUGCCCAAUUUCAGACGCCAACCGUACGGCCUAUAUCCCAUCUGAAUCUUCAACCUAUAAUGCCACGGGAGAAACUCUCGAUGUCAACUAUCUCGGUGGCGCCGUUUCCGGUACGGUCUUCACCGAUGCAUUGUCCCUUGCCAACACCUCAACCGGAGUCUCCACACGAACCCUCCUCGCCAACUACUCCAAUUGGGUAUGGCUCGAUGCGGACGGAAUGCUUGGCUUGGCUUUCCCUCGCGCCGAGGAUACCGUCCACGCCUCUCUCCUUGAGAGUCUUUUCAAUCCAGAGAUCCUCGAGGCACAUGAAUUCGCCAUUUAUGUUGGACAAGACUUGUCCCCAAACAAUGGCGUCGUCCAAUUCGGCGGCCACUCCACGGAGUACAACAGCACGGACGUGACCUAUUUUAAUGUCCAACGCUACAGCGACUACAACAACGAGCUCAUUUAUUGGUCCACCUAUAUCAACCGUGUCGACUUUAGUUUGAAUACGAACGGGAGUACACAGGCUAAUACCGUAUAUGUGCAGAGUUAUGCAGUCUGGGACACUGGCGCGUCCAGGAUAACCGUGCCGGAGGCUUACAUUGAAGAUAUCUACGCAAGCAUUGGAAUGAACUACACUUUCAUACAGCAGGGUGGUCGACCAUUAUGCGAGGAUCUUCGUAAAUUGGACUUCAACAUGACCAUGACCCUUCCGGAGGGUACGAUCACUAUCCGUCCUGCAGACCUGAUUGUGCCGGGGUACACGGAGGAGCAGUAUUGCUGGCCCAUGUUCGAGCCGACCUCUGGAAAUGGAUGGCUCAUCGGUGUGGGUCUUAUUCGCAAUUUUUACACGGUGGGAUCUGGGUGGUUGGGAGAUAUCUGACAACUUGCAGCCACGGCUUGGCUUUGCUGAGUUGAAGGCUGAGUAUCACCCUUGAGCGUAAUCAGGCACGAGUUUUGGUUACAGAAUGCUCUAAAUCUAAUUGACACCUGAAGCAUGGUUACCAUGCCACUCAUCUAUAAACUUGCCAUGAGUUCUGCCCCUUCUUGUAAAUUUGACUUAGGUUUCGUAGGACUGUCUAGAAGAACUGCUAAGAAACUCUGUCAUGUGCGUCACUGUCCCCGCUGGCCUUUCUUUUCCAACUGUAUGGAACUAGAAUACGUUAGGUUGCCCAGUGCUUCACUUAUCCAAAUGAAGACUUGUAUGAGCAACGGCGACAUGCUUGAUACAGUACAAGAUGCGAUAAUGCAUACGGUCGGGAGCUGCCUCAGCUUAUGCACUAUCACAUCAUAUGCAC